CGCACAGGCUUCUCCAUCAUAUGCACGCGCAUUCAUGAGACUCGUGACUUGCAAUUCUUGAUCUGCUCACGGCCACACUUCUCGACUCGUCUCGCCAUUCCGACAGCUCUCUGAUUGGCGCCAUCUCCACGACUCGAUCCACUCAAUUUGCUAGCACACGUGUGGUCCACCCACGCACACUCUCCUCGUCUUCGGGGCUCUAACGUCACUUGCGAAACGCUGAGCUCAGUCCAACAUGUCGGCUAUCGAGCUGAUCAACCCUCGGGCCGAGAGCGUCCGCAGGGCACAAGCACUUGCCGUCAAUUGCGCAGGAGCGAUGGGUCUGGCGAAUGUGGUCAAGUCCAAUUUGGGACCGCGAGGCACGAUCAAAAUGCUGGUGGAUGGCAGUGGUAACCUCACGAUGACGAAAGAUGGUUGCAGAUUGCUGAAGGAGAUGCAGAUUCAGAAUCCUACCGCUUCGAUGAUUGCCCGGACUGCAGUCGCUCAGGACGAUCAGUGUGGAGACGGUACCACCAGCGUUGUGCUUCUGGUAGGUGAAUUGCUCAAGCAAGCAGAACGAUACAUUCAGGAAGGCGUUCAUCCCCGCGUCAUCAGUGAAGGCUUCGAGGUCGCAAAGGCUAGCACGCUGAAGUUUCUAGAGGAGUUCAAGCAAACACCAACACUCGAUCGCGCAGCUCUCGUGGCAGUAGCGCGCACUUCCCUUUCCACCAAAUUGCACGCAAAGCUGGCAACACAGCUCGCCGGAGAUGUCGUCGAUGCUGUGCUGGCCAUCAAGCCCUCCAAGAGCAGCCCUGUCUCUGCUCCAGCGCCCAAGGCUGGCGACAACACGACCGAGAACCCUGGCGAGUGGACAGUCACAGAUCCUAUCGAUCUCCACAUGGUCGAAAUCAUGAAGAUGCAGCACAGACACGAGACGGAUACCCAACUCGUCAAAGGUCUCGUGAUGGAUCACGGGGCACGACACGCAGAUAUGCCUCGCAGAGUCGAGAAUGCCUACGUGCUUACUCUGAACGUUAGCUUGGAGUAUGAGAAGACGGAGGUGAACUCUAGCUUCUUCUACUCCUCUGCAGAGCAAAGAGAGAAGCUGGUCGAGUCAGAAAGGAGGCACGUCGACGCCAAGCUCAAGAAGAUUGUUGAGCUCAAAAAGGCAGUGUGCGAUCAAGCUGUGGAAGGAUCCAGCGAAAAGCCAAAGAAAUUUGUGAUUUUCAACCAAAAGGGCAUCGACCCGCUUUCGCUAGACAUCUUGGCCAAGAACGACAUCCUCGCCCUGCGCCGCGCCAAGAGAAGGAACAUGGAGCGAUUGCAAUUGUGCUGUGGAGGCGUCGCACAGAACUCGGUGGACGACUUGUCACCGGACGUGCUUGGCUACGCUGGUCUCGUUUACGAGCACACUCUGGGCGAGGAAAAGUACACGUUUGUGGAGGAGUGCAAGGAGCCGCAAAGUGUCACGCUGCUCAUCAAGGGCCCGAAUGCGCACACAAUGUCACAAAUCCAAGAUGCCAUCCGAGACGGGUUGCGCUCUGUCAAGAAUGCUAUCGAGGACGCUGCGCUGGUUCCAGGCGGCGGUGCCUUCCAGAUCGCGGCGGCCGCGCACUUGGUGGACAGUGUUGGCAAGAGCACAAAGGGACGCGCAAAGUUGGGUGUGCAGGCAUUUGCGGACGCCCUUCUCGUCAUUCCCAAAACUUUGGCUGCCAAUGGCGGGUUCGAUGUGCAGGAUGCCAUCGUCGCGCUGCAAGAUGAGCACUCUGCCUCUCCCGGAAGUGUCGUUGGCUUGGACCUUACGACUGGCGAGCCCACGGAUGUUGUCACGCAGGGCAUCUGGGACAAUUACAGAGUCAUCAGGCACAUGCUGCACAGCGCCUCCGUCAUCGCAACCAACAUCUUAUCGGUGGACGAGCUUCUGCGCGCAGGACGAAGCACCCUGAAGAACGAGCCACCUCCAGGACAGUAGACAGAGCAGAAGGGUCAUCACUUUGGCCAAGGAUCUUUCGCGCAUGGCUUGAGCCCUUGACGGAGGCCAUGUAAUGCUGUCAUUGGCCCCUGAUCACAAUGUCGAUCACGCUACUGUGACAGUUGUGGUGGGAUCGUCGUUCAUGAGCGUACAGAUGUGACAUUAUCGCUGUGCGUUGCGCUGUCGCCGCAAUGCGGAUUACCAUGAGGUUUUUAAUAUUCGUCCAGUGAGGAUCAAUUUGCGUUGCUUGCUUGCAGACAAAUGCAUACCCA